AUUGACAUUCGUUAACUCCAUCCAUUUUCAUUGUCGUCUUCGAUCAAAAAUCAAACCAAAACAAUAUCCUAGUUUUUUAAGCAAAAUGAGCAAAUUAUUUCAGUUUGGGCCAAUUCCUCGUUUGAUUAGACGCAGUAUGUGCACUCCUGCACCAUCUUCUAACCCUACUCCACCAUCAUCCAGAUCUCCUUCCAUGGCUGCAAGAUAUAGACCUUCAGAAUUUCAGAAAUUUAUACUGGUUUGGACGAAGAAAUACAAGAACAAAGGAGAAAUUCCGGAUUUUGUUUCUGCAGACUUGAUAGAAAAGUCCCGCAGUCAAGCCAGAAUAAAAAUUGCUAAUGUUUUAAUGCUGUUGACUGCUCUUGCUAGUCUUGGAGCAAUCUUGAAUGGAAAAGCAGCUGCCAAACGAGGUGAAUCUGUACAUCAAAUGAAUCUGGACUGGCACAAACAGUAUGAAGAAGAUUACAAAAAGAAGAAUUAAUCUACAAAGUAAAAACUGUCAUAAAAGUUAUUAAUGUGUAGUUAUAAGCAAUGUUUUAAUGUAUAUAAAAUUUAGUCAAAUUAUAAGCAAUUUUAAAAU